ACAACUGGGUCUACCCAUAGAAAACGCUACCGGGAACUAAGCAGCAUUCAUGAUUUCGACAAUACUGUACGGAGUUGGGAUGCAUUCUUCAAGAGCGCUUCGGCUGGAGUACAGCCCGGACUCGCUUACCAAAGCCCACCGAGUCUGACCUCAAGUGGCUAUACUUUACCGGCAAUAGAUAUAACCUCAACGACAGCUUUAGCGCAGACAUCAGAUGUGUCCGCUGUUGGGCACCGAGAUAUCGACGACCACUUGUCUGUUCAGGCUAUCAUCAGAUCUUAUCAGGUUCGGGGUCAUUUAGUAGCAAAGUUGGAUCCGUUAAGUAUAACGUCGGCGAAUAUCCAUUCGCCGCUACACUCUGGUACGCCCUCUUCCCCGCAAGUUGUGCUUAGAACUCACAAAUUAGUCUAUAACAGUCCAUACCUUAUUCGGGGCCACUAUUUCGCCAGUUUAGACCCCCUCAGCAUAAAUGUCACUAAUUUUGACAGAGACGGCGCUUGGCUUAAGGUUCAUAACUUGGAGGAGAAAGAUAUGGAUCGUCUCUUUAAGCUCCCGUCGACCACUUUUAUCGGUGGCGGAGAGUCUAUACUUCCGCUGAGGGAGAUAUUGAAGCGCUUAGAAGACGUCUAUUGCCAACACAUUGGCGUCGAGUAUAUGUUUAUCAAUAACUUAGAACAAUGCCAAUGGAUUCGUGAGAAGUUUGAAACCCCAAAAAUAACCCAAUUAUCGGUUGAGCAAAAGCGGACACUUUUAGCCCGAAUGACUCGUUCGCAUAAAUUCGAGGAGUUUUUGGCCAAAAAGUGGUCGUCAGAGAAGCGCUUCGGUCUCGAAGGCUGUGAAGUAUUGAUUCCAGCGAUGAAAGCUAUUAUCGACUACUCGAGUGAAGCGGGUAUUGAGAGUAUAGUAAUGGGAAUGCCUCACAGGGGAAGGCUUAACGUAUUGGCCAAUGUCUGUCGUAAACCACUCGAACAGAUCUUCGCUCAAUUCAGUAGUUUAGAGCCGGCGGAUGAGGGCUCAGGAGAUGUGAAGUAUCACUUAGGGAUGUCUCACGAGAGACUUAAUCGCGUCACUAAUAAGAACAUAAAGCUGGCGGUCGUCGCCAAUCCAUCACAUCUGGAAGCGUGUGAUCCUAUAGUCGAGGGGAAGACUAAAGCAGAACAGUUCUAUCGCGGAGACACUCAGGGAAAGAAAGUAAUGUCUAUUCUAUUACACGGAGACGCGGCCUUCGCUGGACAGGGAGUGGUUUACGAGACCUUUCAUUUGAGUGAUUUGCCCGACUAUUCAACGCACGGCACGAUUCAUAUUGUGGUCAAUAAUCAAAUUGGUUUUACGACUGAUCCUCGAGUCGCCCGUUCCUCUCCCUAUUGCACAGACGUGGCGCGUGUCGUAAACGCUCCCAUCUUUCACGUGAAUGCUGACGAUCCCGAGGCUGUGGUCUAUGUCUGCACUGUUGCCGCCGAAUGGAGAGCAAAGUUCGGCAAAGACUGUAUCAUUGAUUUGGUGUGUUAUCGCCGUAAUGGUCACAACGAAAUCGACGAACCAAUGUUUACCCAACCAUUGAUGUACACAAAGAUCCGAAAACAGGUGACGUGUUUGGAUCAAUACGCGCGCAAACUUGUCGAUGAAAACAGUGUUUCAGAAAGUUUUGUCGAAGAACUGAAUGAUAAAUACGAUGCGAUUCUGACGGAAGCGUAUAAGAAUGCGGAGAAGGAGGUGAAGAUGUAUAACAAAGACUGGUUGGACUCCCCGUGGAGUGGCUUCUUCGGCACCAGAAGUGAAUUGAAAUGCGAUCCGACCGGUGCUCCGGAAGAAGUGCUCAAACAUAUUGGCACUCAAUUCAGUACUCCUCCGCCCGGAAACUUCAAAAUACAUCCCGGAAUCAAAAGAAUUCUGAAGUCGAGGUUAGAGAUGAUUGAAAACCGAUCCGUCGAUUGGGCUCUCGCGGAGGCCAUGGCUUUUGGUUCACUACUGAAGGAAGGAAUUCACGUCAGACUUAGCGGUCAAGACGUCGAGAGGGGAACUUUUAGUCACAGACACCAUGUCUUACAUCACCAGACAAUUGACAAAACAACGUAUAGACCUCUUUGUCACUUAUAUCCAGAUCAGGCGCCGUAUACCGUAUGCAACAGUUCUUUAUCCGAAUAUGCAGUCCUUGGCUUCGAGUUAGGCUUCUCUAUGACUAAUCCGAACGCAUUGGUUAUAUGGGAGGCACAGUUCGGUGACUUCUUCAACACCGCUCAGUGUAUUAUCGAUCAGUUCAUAAGCAGUGGUCAGGCGAAGUGGGUUCGCCAGAGCGGACUCGUCUUAUUACUACCGCAUGGUAUGGAAGGCAUGGGUCCCGAACACAGCAGCGCUCGACCCGAACGCUUCUUACAGCUCGUCAACUCUGAAUCGGAACAAUUUCCCGUAAACUCACAAAUUGAUGAGGACUUUACGAUGAAGCAAUUGCAUGACAUCAACAUGAUCGUGGCCAAUUGCAGUACACCCGCCAGUUAUUUCCAUAUAUUGCGGCGACAAAUAGCCCUUCCCUUCAGAAAACCCCUGAUUAUAUUUUCGCCGAAAUCACUUCUUCGACACCCGGAAGCGAAAUCCAGUUUUGAUGAGAUGACUGCCGAAACACAGUUUUCGCCAAUUCUUCCCGAUUCAGGUCCGGCGGCGAACAACACACAGAACCACUAA